AAAUCUUACGUUUGUAAGCCGAUGGAAUGUACCAUUUAAUUUAUGAUUUAAAUCCCGUCAUUUUCUCCAAAAACGGGGAUCUCAAUCCUCGUAAGCUUCCUAUAUUGAAUAUGCCACCUGGGGCUCUAUAUAUGAUUUUCACUAACAUAAAACUUCCAGUGCGAUCACAUUCCAUCAGCAUCCAUCACAUUAGCCCUAUCAGAUAAAUUACUUGAUAGUCACUGCCCACAACCCACUUCACAAUCCUCGUCCGUUCGAUUUGGAUAUGGGUCCUAAACUCCAAACACUCACACGUACAACUUACCAUAUUAUCAUUUGAUUUGUCGUAAAAUAAAGAUUCAACGAGAAGAUGCCACUGGACUCCACGGCCGACUCCGUUCUCUCCGGUCCAGUAAGAUAUUAUCAGCAUUUCUGAUAUUUAUUUUGUAAAAUUUCAAAAAUUUUUAUGCUAAGCUUCCGGUUCGAGGCAGUAACUUAACCUUGAGCAGAAGAAAACGUUUAUUCUUUAGUUUUUGUUUACCUUCCUAAUUUUUUUCUAUAAACCCGUCGAGAGAGAGAGAGAGAGAGAGAGCGAGCCUUUUCUCGCAUUCCAAACAAACAAAAAGAAAAAAGAGAAAACAUGGCUUUGCAGCUAUCGACCUGCUUUUUCAGCCAUGGCUUUAUCGGUUUGAAUAACAAUAAUAACGAAAAUAAUGUUAAUAGUUAUAAUAAGAAUGUAAAUCUAAGGUUAUUGUUCUUGCCUUCUCGUCGCUUACUUCCAGCUUCUUGUAAGAUGCAGCAACGUAAUCUCAGUUCACAUCAUAAAAGACAACAAGGAAAGAAACCUCCUUCUGUGCGGAUUCCAACAAGUGCAAAGUUGCAGCCAAAUAGCGAGGAGGAAUCUGACCCUGAAAAUUCUGUCCUAAAUAGUGUAGAUAUGGAGCAUAUUGGAAAUCAUGAAACUACUUGUAAAGAUGAUGCUGACACUAGGGUAGAUGUGAAGCAUAUUGAUGAAGAGAAUUUGGGCACUCUAUCUGUCUCUGCCAUUGAUACUAACAGAGAUAUGGAGCAUACCGAUGAACAGAUUAUGGACAGCCUCACACUGCCUGCUGUAACAAAAGCUUUGGCCAUAAACAGAGAUGGUGGAGAGCAGCUCUCAGGUGUUCAACUAGAGGACCUGAUAGGCAUGAUAAAAAAUGCAGAGAGAAAUAUCCUUCUUCUCAAUCAAGCUCGGGUUCAUGCAUUAGAAGAUCUUCAUAAGAUUCUCAGUGAGAAGGAGACAUUGCAAGGAGAAAUUAACAUUUUGGAAAUGAGACUGACAGAAGCUGAUGCACAGAUUAAAGUUGCUUGCCAAGAAAAGAUACAUGUGGAGCUCCUAGAAGAUCAGUUAGAGAAGUUACGAAAUGAGCUGAUUCACAGGGGAGGUUCUGGGAAAAGUGAGCUUGAAUUGUCUCAGAAUCAAAACAAAAUUUCAAAUGAGGAAGUACUUUUAGCACGUGAUGGUCGUGUUCAUUCUCUUAGCAAGGAGGUUGAUUCAUUGAAGACAGAGAAUCUAGCCCUAAAAAAUGAUAUCCAAGCACUUAAGUCUAUGCUUAGCAAUGUCAAGAACACCGAUGAACGCAUGAUAACACUGGAAAAUGAACGCUCUUUUUUACAGUCCUCUCUAAAGGAGUUGGAGUCUAAACUGUCGGUUUCUCAGGAAGACUCUUCAAAUAUUUCUACCCUAAAGGUUGAAUGCAAGGACCUAUGGGCAAAGGUAGAAAAUUUGCAACUCUUGCUGGAUAAGGCAACUAAACAGGCUGAUCAAGCCAUUUUAGUGUUACAGCAAAACCAGGAUCUUCGAAAGAAGGUUGAUAAAUUGGAAGAAUCUCUUGAAGAGGCUAAUGUCUUUAAGGUGUCAUCUGAGAAAAUGCAACAAUAUAAUGAACUCAUGCAGCAAAAGAUGAAACUACUAGAGGAGCGUCUUCAAAAGUCUGACCAAGAGAUACAUUCAUAUGUCCAAUUAUAUCAAGAAUCUGUAAAGGAAUUUCAGGACACCCUAGACAGUUUGAUAGAAGAAAGCAAGAAAAGGGCAUCAAAUGAACCAGUUGAUGAUAUGCCUUGGGAAUUUUGGAGCCGUUUAUUGCUUACCAUUGAUGGUUGGGUGCUUGAGAAGAAAAUAUCAAACACUGAUGCAAAGCUGUUGAGAGAAUUGGUGUGGAAGAGGGAUCAACACAUUUGUGAUGCAUAUUUGGCAUGCAAAGAAAAGAAUGAGAGUGAAGCUGUAUCUACAUUUCUCCGGCUGACAUCAUCACCAGCUAGCCCAGGGUUGUAUGUUGUUCAUAUCGCUGCUGAGAUGGCACCAGUUGCUAAGGUUGGUGGUUUAGGGGAUGUUGUGACUGGUCUUAGUAAAGCAUUGCAGAAGAAAGGGCACCUUGUGGAGAUUAUUCUUCCAAAAUAUGAUUGUAUGCAAUAUAACCGUGUUCGUGACUUAAGGGCCUUAGAUGUGACAGUAGAGUCAUAUUUUGAUGGAAAACUAUUCCAAAAUAAAGUUUGGGUUGGUACUGUUGAAGGUCUGCCUGUUUACUUUAUUGAGCCUCAUCAUCCCAACAAGUUCUUUUGGAGAGGACAAUAUUAUGGAGAGCAUGAUGAUUUCAAGCGUUUUUCAUUUUUCAGUCGUGCAGCACUUGAAUUGCUUCUUCAAGCUGGCAAGAAACCAGACAUAAUUCAUUGCCAUGAUUGGCAGACAGCUUUUGUUGCACCACUCUACUGGGACUUGUAUGCUCCAAAAGGUUUGAAUUCAGCUCGAAUAUGUUUUACUUGCCAUAAUUUUGAGUACCAAGGGACUGCAUCUGCUACAGAAUUGGCAUCAUGUGGUCUGGAUGUCCCCCAGCUAAAUAGACCUGAUAGAAUGCAGGAUAACUCAGCACAUGAUAGGGUCAAUCCUGUUAAGGGUGCAAUUGUGUUCUCUAACAUAGUGACAACAGUAUCACCCACUUAUGCACAAGAGGUCCGAACUGCUGAGGGAGGAAGAGGCCUUCAUUCAACACUUAAUUUUCACUCAAAAAAGUUUAUGGGAAUCUUAAAUGGGAUCGAUACCGAUGCAUGGAAUCCUACCACUGAUAUUUUUCUCAAAGUUCAGUACAGUGCUAACGAGCUCCAAGGGAAAGCAGAAAAUAAAGCUGCCAUGAGAAGGCAUCUAGGGCUCUUAUCUGCUGACGAUCAACAGCCAUUGGUGGGCUGCAUAACAAGAUUGGUGCCACAGAAGGGCGUACAUCUAAUUAGGCAUGCCAUAUAUCGAACACUGGAGAUGGGUGGUCAAUUUGUACUUCUUGGUUCAAGUCCAGUUGCCCACAUUCAGGUGAACCUCUACUGCUGUUUUGUCUAUGCAAAAGCAAAUGAUGGGAAAGAAGAUCUCAUUAACAAAAGGGAAUUUGAGGGUAUAGCGAACCAAUUUCAAAAUCAUGAACACAUCCGGCUAAUACUAAAAUAUGACGAGUCUCUUUCUCAUUACAUUUACGCAGCAUCUGACAUGUUCAUCAUUCCAUCUAUUUUUGAGCCUUGUGGCCUUACACAGAUGAUAGCAAUGAGAUAUGGUUCUGUACCCAUUGCAAGAAAAACCGGUGGUCUAAAUGACAGUGUGUUUGAUGUUGAUGAUGACACAAUACCUCACCAAUUUCGAAAUGGAUUUACAUUUACAACUCCUGAUGAGCAGGGAGUAAACGGUGCCUUUGAGCGUGCAUUUAAUCUCUACAAGAACAACCAGAAGAGUUGGCAACAACUUGUUCGAAAUGACAUGAAUAUAGAUUUCAGCUGGGAUUCUUCAGCAUCACAAUAUGAGGAACUUUAUGCAAAAUCUGUUGCCAGAGCCAGGGCAGCAGCAAUUCACACUUAAGCUUCAGCUCAAAAGUUUCUUCAUUCGAGCAAGUCCAGAUUUAUUGAAGUGGGUUACGAGUUAUUUUGUCCAUAUAUCCACGGUUUAAAGAUUACAUGCUUAUAGUUGAAGAUUUAAGUAAGGUUAAAGCUGCAUUGGUGAAUUCAGUACUCAUUGCACCUUUCUCUCCCAAUUUUUCCUAGUUACAUUUAUUCUCACCGCUCAUAUUGUUGAUUAAGCUUUACGUAUAUUUGGUCUUUUUUCCUCCACUCUCCUUGGACUUUGUUGUACAAAUUCUUUCAAAGAGCAGAGGCAAUUUAUAUGCAAAACUCUUUAUAUCUUA